AUGCUGAGCAAUAUUAUAGUCAAUCGUUACAAUCUUUGGGCAGCAAUAGUUUCUGCUAUAGGUACUAUCUCUACAGCCUAUGGCUUGGCCAUCAUCGGAUCCACUGUUGGCCAACCCAGCUUUUACACAUAUCUCAAGCUUGCACCACAAGGUACAACCGGUUAUAGCCAUACCACCAGAAUCAUUGCUGCUCUCAAUGCAAUUAAUUCAGCUGGAGCAAUUAUCGGCUGUUUAUACCAUGUUUGGAGCUCAGAAACGCUCGGUCGUAAGAAGACCAUGAUAAUAGGUUGUAUCGUCUUGACUAUCGGCGGUGCGAUCUGCGCGGGGGCAGUUGACGUCGCAAUGCUUCUUGUUGGUCGCGGUAUUGCUGGAAUUGUAUGA